GCCGCUACCGGCGCCCGCGAUGGAGCCGCACCGGGAGCGGCACCGGGCGCUGCUGCCGCUGCUGCUGCCGGUGCUGCUGCUCCCCGCGCCCGGCUCCGCGCAGGCAGUGUGCGCGGGGACGCUGAACGGGCUGAGCGUGACGGGCGACGCGCAGCACCAGUACCAGACCCUGCACAAGAUGUACAACAACUGCGAGAUCGUCAUGGGCAACCUGGAGAUCGUCCUCAUCGACCACACCCAGGACCUCUCCUUCCUCCAGACCAUCCGGGAGGUGACCGGCUACAUCCUGAUCGCCAUGAACGUGUUCUCGGCGCUGCCGCUGCAGAACCUGCGCGUGAUCCGCGGCACGCAGUUCUACGAGGAACGCUUCGCGCUCUUCGUGCUGCUCAACUACAACCCCAACACCACCCACGCCCUGCGCCAGCUCGGCCUCAACCAGCUCACGGAGAUCCUGGCGGGGGGGGUGUACAUCGAGAAGAACGCGCAGCUCUGCCACGUGGACACGGUGGAGUGGAGGGACAUCAUGAGGGACCCGCGCCUGGAGCCGCUCGUGCGGGACAACGGCCGCGGCUGCGCCCCGUGCCACGAGAGCUGCGGCGGGCACUGCUGGGGGCCGGGCCCCGACGACUGCCAGAAACUGACCAAGACCAUCUGCGCCCCGCAGUGCAACGGGCGCUGCUUCGGCCGCGCGCCCAACGAGUGCUGCCACGAGGAGUGCGCGGGCGGCUGCACCGGGCCCCUGCGCACACACUGCUUCGCCUGCCGCCACUUCAACGACAGCGGCUCGUGCGUGCCGCUGUGCCCGCAGCCGCUCAUCUACAACAAGCUGACCUUCCAGCUGGAGCCCAACCCCGACACCAAGUACCAGUACGGGGGGGUCUGCGUGCGGCAGUGCCCCCACAACUUCGUGGUGGACCAGAGCUCGUGCGUGCGCGCCUGCCCCAACGACAAGAUGGAGGUGGAGAAGAACGGGCUGAAGAUCUGCGAGCCCUGCGCGGGGCUGUGCCCCAAGGCCUGCGAGGGCACCGGCGCCGGCAGCAAGUACCAAACGGUGGACUCCAGCAACAUCGACACCUUCAUCAACUGCACCAAGAUCCUGGGCAACCUCGACUUCCUCAUCACGGGCCUGGAGGGGGACCCCUGGCGCAACAUCUCGGCGCUGGACCCGGAGAAGCUGAACGUGUUCCGGACGGUGCGGGAGAUCACGGGCUACCUGAACAUCCAGUCCUGGCCCAAGCACAUGAACAACUUCAGCGUCUUCUCCAACCUCGAGACCAUCGGGGGACGGAGCCUCUACAACCGCGGCUUCUCGCUGCUGAUCAUGAAGAACGAGAACGUGACGUCGCUGGGGCUGCGCUCGCUGCGGGAGGUGAGCGCGGGCCGCGUGUACAUCACGGAGAACCGGCGGCUCUGCUUCCUGCACACCGUGCACUGGGCCGCGCUGCGCCGCAGCCGCGCCGACCUCGACAUCCGCAACAACCGGCCCCGCAGCAAGGAGCCGCGGGAGUUCUCGCAGGGCGGCGAAUGCUCCGAGUGCCACCCCGAGUGCCAACCCAUCGCGGGCGCUGCCACCUGCAACGGCUCGGUACGGCCCCGCCGCCGGCCCCGCGCCGUCCCCGCCGUCCCCACGCGGCUGUCCCCACCCGUGUCACCCACCCACCCCCCAAAACUGCAGGGCGCCGACACGUGCACGCGCUGCGCCCACUAUCGCGACGGGCCGCACUGCGUGGCGCGAUGUCCCGACGGGGUCCUGGGCGAGCGCGGCCCCAUCUUCAAAUUCCCCGACGGCGGCCGCGAGUGCCGGCCCUGCCACGAGAACUGCAGCCGCGGGUGGAGCCUGGAGCCGCUGGACCCCAGUGAAAAAGCCAACAAGGUCCUGGCCCGGAUCUUCAAGGAGUCGGAGCUGAAGCGCCUCAAGGUGCUGGGCUCGGGCGUCUUCGGCACCGUGCACAAGGGGAUCUGGAUCCCGGACGGGGAUUCCAUCAAGAUCCCGGUCAGCAUCAAGGUGAUCCAGGGCUGGAGCGGGCAGCAAUCCUUCCACGCCGUCACCGACCACAUGCUGGCCAUCGGCAGCCUGGAGCACUCGUACAUCGUGCGCCUGCUGGGGAUCUGCCCGGGCCCGCAGCUGCAGCUGGUGACGCAGCUGCUGCCGCUGGGCUCGCUGCUGGCCUACGUGCGCAAGAACCGCGCCAGCAUCGGGCCCCAGCUGCUGCUCAACUGGUGCGUGCAGGUGGCCAAGGGCAUGUACUACCUGGAGGAGCACCGCAUGGUGCACCGCAACCUGGCGGCGCGCAACGUGCUGCUGAAGUCGCCCAGCCAGGCGCAGGUGGCCGACUUCGGCAUCGCCGACCUGCUCUACCCCGACGACAAGAAGUACUUCUACAACGAGCUCAAGACGCCCAUCAAGUGGAUGGCGUUGGAGAGCAUCCACUUCGGCAAGUACACGCACCAGAGCGACGUCUGGAGCUACGGGGUGACGCUGUGGGAGAUGAUGACCUUUGGGGCUGAGCCCUACAUCCCCUGGGUGACACUGUGGGAGAUGAUGACCUUCGGGGCCGAGCUCCUGGAAGCGUCGGACUGCGCCUUCGACAACCCCGACUACUGGCACAGCCGCCUCUUCGCCAAAAGCGAUGCCCGGCGGACGUAG